AUGUCCUCGUUGAACAAGAUGUCUCACCUCGAUAGCAACAACAAUUUCCCAGACACCUUGCCCGAGAAGCAUAAUCCAGAACCCGUCACAUCUCCCAUCUCCCUCGACCCUGAAGAAGCAGAUCGGCUACGAUCACAAGCACUUUCAACAGACGUCUCCAAAUUACGACAUGGUUAUUUCCUCAGUGCAAGGAUCGUGGGCUCGUUCUCUGGAACUGGAAUCGUUGUACUUGCGACGUAUUUCCAGUUCCAAGCCUUAGCUGCUGCGAUAUCUUCCGUCAACGCAGACAUCGGGCCAAGCGCCAAUGUUGCCCUCGUCAGUACAGUAUGGACUGUAUCGCAGCCGAUCUCGCUUUUGCUGUUCGGUCGCCUCAGCGAUCGCUUUGGGCGACGGAACUUUGCCUUGGGUUCAUGCAUGCUUGCGAUCAUUGGUGGUAUCGUCGCGGCCACAGCGCAAUCUAUCGAGACGUUGAUUGGAGCCGAAGUUAUUAUGGGAAUCGCAUCUGGAGUGCCAGCAGCGUAUCCACUCCUGGCGGGCGAGCUCGUAAGUAACAGGUACAAAUAUGUCGGUACUGCUCUAGUCGUCGUGCCCAACGUAAUCGCAACGGGCUUUGGGGCAUACAUCGGUCUGCGAUUGGUUCAGGUAGCUGAUUGGCGAUGGAUCUUCUACAUAUACAUUAUGAUGAUGGUCCCCGGCGCUGUGUUGUGGUUCUUCUUCUACCAUCCGCCUUCCUAUACCCAGCUUCACGGCAAGAAGUCCAGCAAGAUCGCCGAACUCAAGAAGGUCGACUGGACAGGGGUCACCCUUUUGGUAGCUGGUCUGGCUCUUUUCCUGCUUGGCAUCUCCUGGGGCGGCCCUGCACAGCCGUGGUCAUCUCCAAGGAUCCUCGGUCUUUUGCUCUCGGGUGCAGUGGCCAUCAUCGCGUUCAUCCUCUACGAGGUCUUCCUACCGCCGGUGCAACCGAUCGUUCCAAUGCGCUUCUUCCGCGACAUACGUGGGUUCACCUGUCUGGAAGUCAUUUCCGCGACUUACGGUGUCAUCAAUAUCGCGCUUUUUGUCAUGUGGCCACAACAAGUUGUCUAUAUCUUUGGUUCCACUGUUAGUUCCUGGGAAGAGACCGCAUGGCUUUCAACAACAGCUGCAUUCGGUCUUUGGGGCGGGAUAGUCAUCCUCGGUCCUCUUAUGUCGUGGAUUGGCCACAUCAGAUACCAGAUCUUGGUGUCUUCGAUCUGGAUGACUGCUUUCCUUGGUGCAAUGGCCAGCAUCACGGUGGAAAACAAAGCUCGUGCGAUUGCCUUUUCGUUUCUGGCGGGUUGGACCAUUGGGUGGGGUGAGGUCAUCGCCGCGAUUGUCGUACAGUAUGUAGUUUCGGAUCAAGACCUCGGUGUUGCGUUCUCUGUGAUCUCAGCGUCUCGCACUAUCUUCGGUUCCAUCUUUACCGCCGCAUUCAUCGCAGUCUAUACGAAUAAAGUGCCGGGCUACCUUGCAUCCAUAGUACCUCAACGCGUUUUAGCGGAUGGACUGCCGGAAAGCUCGUUAGGCGCGCUGAUGACAGCUGCCGCGACCGCCAACCAAACAGCUCUUCUAGAAAUCGAUGGCAUGACACCGGAGCUGCUUCGCACCACCAACAUAGCUAUCAGCGAUGCUUACUCCAAAUCGUAUGCCUACGUAUACUACUUCGCUGUCGCUAUCGGGGUGCUUGCGAUCGUCGCGUCACUGUGUAUGCGCGAUUUCGAUGGCUAUCUUACUGGUCAUGUAUCGAGGCAGCUGUACCGCAAGAGAGACACUAGCACUGACCCAUUAGAAGCUACCACACAGGUAGCUGGUCAAGGCUCGGUCGACGAUAGCGACGGUGCCACGAAGGCCUGA